AUGUCAAACGCUGAAGAAAUCACCACCGCUGAAGCACCAUUCGAUGACCAUGACUAUGAUUGCGUCCUACAAUCAACCAACGGCGUAAAAUUUCAUGUUUACAAGCUUAUUCUUUCGCUCAUGUCACCCAUAUUCAAAGACAAGUUCACGUCACCACAGAGCGAAUCGCAGUCGGAUAAAUCAUCCGUACCCAUUGUGACUGUUGUCGAGAGCAGCGCGCCUCUCAGAUCCCUACUUCUCCUUUGCUACCCUGCCGCAACCCCAACGUUUGACAGUUUGGAUGAUGCAAAGGCUGUCCUGGAAGCAGCCAAGCAGUAUGAUAUGCAAGCAGUCCUCAGCCGUGCAGGAGACCUCAUCAUCGCUCAAUUCCUGCCAGAUCACUUUCUCGACCUAUACGCUCUUUCUUGUCGGUUUGGAUGGCAGCAUCAUGCUCAGACCGCUGCUACCCGCGCCCUCGAGAUCAAGGAUCUAGGAAGACCUAGCAAUGGGUUUCAUGGUUUGCAGGAUAUCACUGGCGCAGAUUACCACAGGCUCCUCGUAUACCAUUAUCAAUGCGGCGUCAUCGCUCAAACAGUCGGAGACAGUCUUUCCUGGCUACCUCCGUCAUCCACAGAAAUGCAAUUGCAAAUGUGGAAAUGCAAAUGCAGACUCGUGGGCAGUGCUAAGAGGCUCGAGAUAGGAAACAUCGGCGAGUUGAAAGUCGUCCCGUGGUUUGCAGAGUACUUGGUUUCGAGUGGGAAGGAGUUGUUGGCGAGGCCUUGCGAGUCGACCAUAAUGGAGUCGAAAUAUUACAAUCAAGCUGUGAUCGAAGCGACAAAGUGCGAUGAUUGCCGAAGCGAGGUCAUCAAAGAUAUGGAUAGAUUCCGUACUUUGUAUAUCGCACAAGUUAACAAGGUGGUUGCAACUGUGGAAUUGGCAACUUCUUAG